AUGCUUUGGCAUGGUCGCUCUAAUUAUGACAACGGGUUGGAACGAUAUUACACCAAGAAGCCGAAGAAGUGGCGUGCCCCAUCUUGGUCAUGGGCAUCGAUUGAGGGUCCAAUCGCAUUCUACAGACCCUACAAUGUUGAGACAUUGGAAGGAGGCACAAAUAGCCCGAGAUGUAGGGUUGAAAUCAUCUCGGCUGAGUGUUCACCAUCAUCACUCGACCCGACGGGUACAGUUGCAACCGGAAGUCUCGUGAUCAAAGGUAGCGGGCACCUUACCCGCCUCAAGCAUGCGGAGGACUGUACAGGGCAUGGUACCCAACACUACACAGUUGUGCCUACAGGCCUGAAAUCGUUUUCUCGUCAUUCAAACUUCACUGUCGAUGGGGAGGAAGCUGAAGUUGAUUAUGACCUUAUCGAACAAGGAUUGAUGGAGGAAAAUUCCGAUAUGAGCAUAUAUCGCUUAUAUAUAGGUGGCAGGUCCCAUGCUCAGCGUGUUUUCAGGCUUUCUGAAGGAGAUUACAUCUCAGCCUCGUUUUUUAGAACGUGGUGCCUCCUGUUACAUUGCGUCAAUGGCAACAUCUUCAAAAGAGUAGGAUUUCUAGUACAUGACCAUUACAAUGGCGAUGAAACGAGCAUUUGGAACAACUUAGAGGACUGCAUGAUCACAAUCAUAUGA